CAAAACUGAGCAGCAAAAUUCAUUUAAGCCACAAGCCUAACAGAAGUCGGCCGCCUUAAGAAUCUUUGCUAAAAUGUUUUCCAUUUCACGUGACGAGCGCCAGCCCCGGCAAGGUGCAAAUGUGGCACAACUGGUUGAGCAUGAGCCACAACCACAACCACAGCCAGCUGCCGAAGGGUCUCGGCACACGGCAGACGCCUCCCAGCAGGCUCGACGUCAGCGCAUCUAUGGACAUUUGCUGCGCAACGGAAUGACGCAACGUCGCCUGAGCCAGGAGAUGGCCGAGUUCAAGCGCAAUCCCAUAGAGGGCUGCGUGGUAAACUUCUUGAACAACGAUCUAUUCGAGUGGGUUGCCUCGCUGCAGGGGCCGCUGGGCACGCCGUAUGAGGGCGGCCUCUUCCACAUGCACAUCACCUUUCCGCGCGAUUAUCCGUUCAGUGCGCCGAACUUGAAGUUCGUCACCAAGAUUUACCAUUGCAACGUGCACGCGGAUCACAUCUGCGUGGAGAAUUGGUCGCCGAUCAUGACGCUGGGCAAGCUCUUGGUCUCGGUGCUCACUCUGAUGGUGUCGCCCAAUCUGCGGGAUCCCAUGAAUCCGGCAAUCGCCAAGCUGUAUGUCAAUCAUCGCGGCGAGCACGACAGCAUCGUGCGCGACUGGACCAAGCGUUUCGCCAUGAAGCUCGCCGAAUCGGAAGAAUAAUGCGACAUUGUGUGGUUUUUCAAAAACAUUUUAUUAUUUGAUGUUGUUGUGCCAGCACUUUUUGGUGUUUAGAAACGAUAUAGAGACACAUAAUACGCUAGCUACAAAUACAUAUACAUAUGGAGCACACGGAGACGUGCGCGUCGAGUUUAUAGAGACUACGAGUACACUAAACAUAAUGUUUAUGGCUAAUGGGUAAACUAUACAGAAACUAGGCGACAAUGACACGUGGCGAUAAUGUUCUCCUACA